AGGAGAGGCCAGUGGAAUUGAAACUGAAGUAGUCCGUGCCCUUUGCCUUGGCUUCUGACAGAAAGGCUUUAGAAUCAGAAGGCAGCACCCUUACUGGAAGCAGUGAGGGAGGUCCCCCCAGUCUCCAGCUAGAAGAAUCCAGGACAUCUGAGAGAUGGAGAAAAGAGAACUAAAGGUUUCUGUGCCAAAAUUUGACAAGAUCCCUUGGCUUAGUGAGGCCAGCCGCAGCAACAAGCCACUGGUGCUCAGCCUUCCCAAAAGAUCUCCUCACGCCUCUGCAUUUCUGGUUUCAUCUAAGAAGGAUACGCAUUUGCCUAUUUUGUUUCAAGUUCCAGAUGUCUUAUCUAAGAGGACGAAGCUACUUGUGGACCAGUCCACUGAGGGUCUUAGGAGCGCACCCCAGGCCAGGAGGGACAAGAGUAACCCCAUGCUGAUCAGAAGCAAGCAGCUGUGCUCCACAUGUCAAGAAAUAAAAAUGGUACAACCAAGAACUUUGAUAAUCCCUCAUAAUCUGAAGCUAUCCUUUGAGAAUUUAAUGAGUCAUAGAAUGAUGAGUCUUCCUCCACCAAAAGCCAAGACUGAACCCAAACAUUCCUGUAAUGACAUCUCAACAGAGAGCAUUCACUACAGAUUGCCCAUUCUGGGCCCCAGGACAGCUGUCUUCCAUGGACUGUUGGCAGAUACCUACAAAUCUCUGCAGGAGACACAGCUCUCUUCCUUGCCCGGAAAGGAGCCGGUAGGCAAGACAAUGAGGCAAUGAGUGGUUGGAGCUCAUCCUCUUCCAGACUCACCAAGAGAAAACAAGUUAACCAAGCCUGUUUCUGAUGCUAGCGCAUUCUCAUAAAUACCCACCUGUCGCCAAAAAGGUGACUCACUUUUGCCUUCUUGGGAGUUGCUAGAAUUCUAGCUCUUGGCAAUCUUCUUCUCACUUUUCCUAAAUACAAGUGGUCUAAUUUACAAGAUGAUAAAGACUUGCUGAUUCAAGUGGAACAUUUCAAGUGUCAUUAGUUUUAUUUUUUUAGGAUUCAUAAUUGUGGUGUAAUAGACAACACCCUUCUGUUUCUAAGACGUGAAUUUCCUGUGAAAAUUAUUUCAGCUCUUCUUCAGAGCAGAGGGCUGGAGAUGGCUCUGGGAAGUCCCUCAGUGGGUUAACCUAUUAUGAAUACAUAAUGAAAGGGAAACGGAGGUCACCUUUCUGUCCUUAUCUCUGUCAGUUAACUGGCAGAUGACAAGAGGAUACUGUGAUGCAAUGGGGAAAAUGGCAAGUGGUUAGUGGUUGCAACCGUCAAGGACAGGAACCGUGCCUUGUCUUGCCCCGUUCACGUGAUGUCAUUUAGCGCCCUGUGUGUAAUCAGAUAUUCAUCUAAUCUUUGCUCCAUCGUGUCUAAACCAUGUGCUUGUAUUUUGUCAUUUUGUUACUUUGGUUGGAGAAUGUACACCUUCACCUCUGUCUUGGUCCAUGUGUCAGCAGUGUGAGGGAGACAGAAGAAAACUCUAGGCUUACAAAUAUUGUAUUUAUAGGCACAAGUGGUCCAUACCCACCUUCAGGCUCAUAUAUAAAAGGUCCCUUCCCUUCUUUAGGGUACAAUAGCCUUGUAGAAUCCCCAAAUCCUGGCUAAAUGGACGCUGGGCCAACAUGCGAGAACCAACCUCUGUGCUGACUGUAUUUGAAGAACAGCCUUCAGGAAUCUUUAACAAAUGGCCUGGUACCUAAAUUGACCUCAUUUCUUAUACACACACACAAACCCCCCCAAAACCAGUAAAACUUGAUCGAUUGCCCUAUGUUUCUGGUAGGCUAUGAUUCUUGGUUUCAGUUCAGUUAGGGUUCAGUAAUUCCGGAAGUAAUACGCACUUCCUCUCAGAGCACACAUGAAUCAUGAUUCCACUUCAGAUCAUUGCCAAAGGACAGACAAACCAUGGAUAAAAAUGUUUCUUUCUUCUUUUGUAAAUGAACAUAUCCAGUAAAGGGAUUUGGGGUAUCUGUACCCCUGAAUUAGGGAGAAAUACAUGUCCCAAGCACAAUUAUUUGGAGUUUUUGAGGUAAUUUGAAUAUUAUAUGCUUAGUCAGAUAGACUGCUUCCUAAGUCUCAAGAAGUCCCCAUCUGGAGUACAAGGGUGUUUCCAAAAUCUCAUCAAGAAGAAUAACGUUCUGGUGUUUGCCAGUGUUCUAGUGUGGUGACUGAGAACAAUAGUCAAUAUCAGUGGUUCUUAAACUUUUUCAUCGUAGGAAACUUUUACACUCUUAAAGACUGAGAGCCCUAAGUACAAUCCCUGUUUCAUACACGUAAUUCUUGUCUCUCUAGAAAAAUGUAUCACUUAAUGAGGAUGAGAAUGAUAUCUCAUGCUAACAGCGUAUCCCCACAGGAGCCUCCCAGAUGCAUAUUUGAAAGAUAUUUACAAGAAAAGUCCAUUCCCAGUUGCCAAGCAAUAUGAGAAAAUAGGAGCUUGAGUUCCCUGAAUUGGGGGCAGUGGUAUUAGGUAUUAGGAACUUGUUUCCAUUGGGGAAAUAACACAGAGAGACAUAAAUGAAGAGCAUGUGGAUGGGCCAAUAUGUAAAUAAGCAUGAGUUACUCUUCACUAUAAAUCCCCAGUGAUACCAACAAUAGUAUAUGACAUAUAAUAUGGUGCUCCAUAGCACCAGCCAUCCAGCUCUCUGGACAAGAACAAAGAUGCAAUUGUAUAACUUUGCUGGAAAAGUUGGUCAGAGAAGAAAUAGCCAUAUUUACCCCCACAGAUGUUAUCUUUCCCUUGCAAAGUCUUUGGCGAGGCAUUUCACUUCCUGGCCA